AUGAAAUUAACGACAAAAUCAAAAUUCGAUGAGAUUUUUAAAGGUGUGACGUCAUCAAAUUCGUGUCGUGAUGAAAAUGAAACGAUCAUAAAUGACGAAAGGACUCCGUUGUUAGUAUUAAAUAAUUAUUAUUAUAAGGAUGUUAAAAAAGUUUUCGGAAUCAGAAGGAGUUCCGCUUUAUUCAUUUUGUACGUAAUUUUUUACGCGGCGUAUUUAAUUGCCGGUGGUAUUAUAUUUACCGUACUCGAAAAACCGGAAGAAGAAGAAAUAAAAAAAUAUCUCGUACGAGCCCGCCAUGUUUUUUUAAACGAUAAUAAUUGCGUUCAAGGUAAGAAAAAUAAUUUAUCGGUAGGGAAAAACAAACAAACAAACAAACACAACGGAUUCUUAAAUAAUAAUAAUGAUAAUGAUAAAUCGUUGUUUCCUCUCUUUUGUAAAAAACCGGAAACCUUACACAAAAAUAUUAUUAUUAUUAUUAUUUUUUUCGUUUUUUUUUUUACGCGGAAGAAGGUCGACGACGAUGACGACAGGAUUAAUUAUUUAUUUAAAAAAAAAAAUUGUUGUGUUGUUGUUAUUAAAGAUCAUAAUUGUUUAAACAAAAGAAAAAAAAUCAAUGAACUCUCACUCUCUCUCUCUCUCUCUCUCGUUAAUAAUGAUAAAUAA